AUGGAUGUAGCGUACGACCACAUCCAGGAGGAGAUUUUCUCCUCCAACGACGCCUCGAAGAAGGAAACCGACCCGAACGAGCCUUCCCAGACGGACCGCUCCAACGUCGAUCUUAACGCCGAACUCCAAGAAACCUUCCGCGCCUUUUCCGCCAGCCCCUGGGGUGCACGCAUCGGUGGACUCUGGGAUAACGUCCGCAAGCAGGGCGAGAGCUAUUACGAGGGGGCCCGCCAGGAGUAUGCGGCUGCCAGCGAGGAGGCUGCCAAGGGCCUUUCUGACCUGCGGAGCAGUCUCGUCGGGCGCACGCGGGGUCUCUCCCUGAGCACGGCGUUCAGCUCAGGGGCCACCGGCGCAGGGGCCAGCACCAGCAAAGACGAGGCGUCCACGCCGACCGGUACCGCCUCUAAGGUCGAGACAGACGCAUUGUCGACUGCUGGAGAGAAAAGCCGCGACGCCGGCGGCGCUGCGGAUACGGCUUCCAAGCCGGGUGAGGGGUUCCUUUCCCGCUUCAAGGCCGAGGCGGCUCGUCGACUGAAGGAAAUCGAGAAGGCGGAGGAGGCUGCCGAUGAGGCGAUCCUGCGCUUUGGCAUGAAUAUCGGCCAGAAACUGCGCGAGGCGGUCAGCAUCGUGCCGCCGAGCAGUGAAGGGUCCGGAGAGAAGCCGCUCUUCGAGAGCAAGGAUGCGGAGGGCAAGCGGGUCAUCCACGCCACGCGCUUCGAGGCCCAGCUGCACGUCAUCCACUCGACUCUGGAGAGCUUCACCAGCGAUCCGGUCAGCGAGCUCUGGCCGGCGUUCAAGCAGGAGUUCAUGGUCGCGGAGAAGACCGAGGCGAUCGCCGCCGAUCUCGAGAAGUACCCUGAGCUGCGCGCGGCGAUGGAGAAGCUGGUUCCUGAGAAGGUGGAAUACGCUACCUUCUGGUGCAGAUACUACUUCCUUCGUCUGGUUAUCGAGACUGAGGAGCAGAGGCGCAAGGAGAUCUUGCAAGGCGCAACCGUCGAUGACGAGGAAGUGAAGUGGGACGAUGAUUCUGAUGAGGAGACCGACUCCCCCUCCACCCCUCAAGUCAAAUCGAACAUCACUGCCGCCAUCCCCACCACUACCCAAACCGCCACCCCUGUCCCUGCUGCCACCACCAGCGUUCCCGCCGCCGCCGCCCCCGCAAAGACCGCCAACCCAACCGAGCCCCGUCGCUCCAACGACCAGCAAUCCCAACCCGACAGCGAAUCCAGCUACGAUCUCGUCAGCGGAGCCACCAGCCGCACCCCCGCAAGCCCCAAGGAGAAGCCCAAGGACGACGACAGCGACGACGACUGGGAGUAA